AUGAGGAGUUUUUGUCUUUUUGUCUUCCGUUGUCCAGAGGAUUCUGAGGCGAAAGAUUUGAAUGCGACCGAACUCCAAAAUAUUUUAGACGCCAGUAUUUCUUCAACGUUUUAUCACACUUUCGAAGCAAGCUGUUGGAAAGCCGCAAGAUUUUCCCGAGGGUGGAUUUCCAUAUUCAGUUCAUUUUUGACUUCUGAUAACUCACCCCCGGAAAAUCCUUACCACUAUCUAAUUCAAUCUGAUAUAGGACGUAAUAUUCUUUUGUGGUCCGGAGAAAUAUGUUCAUCAAGCAGCAUAACUGUUGCAAAACGAAUUGAAUCUGAGGAUAUUAGUAUUUCCCAAGCGCUACUUGAUGCACUUUCGGAGGAAAAGGAUGUGGAUGCUGUUGUUGAUUUGAUCAACUCUCUGCUUGGUUCGUUUGUACUUAUAUUUGUUAGUAUCGAAUCAGGGAGGGUUUAUUUCACUCGAGAUCGAUUCGGUCGUCAUUCUCUUGUUGCUAGAAGGUUUGCGGGACUACCAAAUGAAUCAUUCUGUAUCAAUUCAAUUUCAAGCAUGGUUAUUCCGACCCAACCUGUUUUUUCGGACGUCAGUUUGGAAUCUCUUGAAAGAAGCGCAAAGGAUUGGUUUGAAAUACCUGCUUGUGGAAUAUUUGUAUCGAAAUUCGUCUGUAACAAUGAAAAUGUUUUUCUCUCUGAUAUCGACUUAUAUCCUUGGUCUGAUCAGCAUUUACUUUUAUGCCCUUCAACUGUUCCGGUUAACGUCAAUAGAGUUUUGCACAGAAAUCAGAAUUAUUGUAAUAUUUAUAUACCCACAACUCUUGAAGAAGUACAACAGAAAUUUCUGGAUUUAUUAUCAGCUGUUGUACAUGAUUCGGUCAAUUUUGACUUAUUAUCUGAUACAAAUUAUACAUCCACUGUAUUAGGUGUAUCCGGUGAGAAUCGUCAGUCAGGUUCUUUAUUCGGUUUACUUUUUAGUGGCGGUUUAGAUUCAUCUGUUAUUGCAGCGUUACUUGAUAGAUUUGUUCCUGAAGACCAGUCCAUCGAUUUGAUUAAUGUCGCUUUCCAAAGGAAAGUCACUGGUGUCCCUGUCAACAAUACCGAUUGUUCGAACGCUAGCAGUCUCAUUUCUGCUGAAGAAGCGCCUGAUAGACAAACUGCCAUAAAAAGUUACGAAGAGUUGUGUAAAUUAUCUACCGGACGUAAAUGGAAUUUGAUAAAGAUUAAUGUAAAUGUCAGUGAGAUUUCAGAGGCCAGAGUUAAACAUGUAUGGCCAUUACUGCUUCCCGAGCACACAACUGUUUUAGAUGAUAGCUUAGGCCUAGCCCUUUGGUUUGCGGCACGUGGAAAAGGUGUUUUACAUAGUUCAGGUGAAUUUGAAGAAAAAUGUACUUCGUCAGCAAAGUUCCUAUUCCUCGGCUCUGGUAUCGAUGAACAAUUAGCUGGCUAUGCUCGUCACCUGACAACCUAUAAGAAAUUCGGCCCAGAGGCACUACAAAGAGAACUUUUCAAAGAACUACUUUUUAUAUCCAAUCGUAAUCUUGGAAGAGAUGAUCGAAUCAUAUCUGCUCAUGGACGAAUGGCGCGUUUACCUUAUCUUGACGAAAGGAUUGUAGAUUUUUUAUCUAAGAUUCCAUUGGAAUUUAAGAUAAAUCCAGAACUGCCUAAAGGUCAAGGCGAGAAAUUUUUAUUGCGUCAAGUUGCUCUAAUGUUGAAUUUGAAUUAUGCAUCUAAACAACCGAAACGUGCCAUGCAGUUUGGUAGCCGUGCGGCUAAAGCUGAAGGAUCAAAACGUUUGAUUGGAUCAGCUGACCGGAUGAAAUUCACAGAUCAGUAUGAAUCACAGAAAUAA